ACACACACACACGCCAUUAUGGCAAGGGUUGUCAGAAUGACGGUGAAUGGAGGAUGGUCCACAGGACUGGAGUAGCUCGCAGGCACAGCUGCAUCUGUUCAAAAAGCAACUAACGCCUCUCUCUGACUAUGCUUUAUUUUCAGCUCGUCAUCAUGGCUGGGACUGUUCUGCUUGCUUACUACUUCGAGUACACUGACACUUUUCAGGUGCAUAUCCAAGGUUUCUUCUGUAAGGAUGGCAAUUUGAUGAAACCAUACCCUGGGACAGAGGAUGAGAGCUUCAUUUCACCCCUUGUUCUCUACUGUGUGCUGGCUUCAACUCCAACAGCAAUUAUUUUUAUUGGUGAGAUAUCCAUGUAUUUCAUAAAGUCAACCCGAGAAACCCUCAUUAUUCAAGAGAAAACUAUUUUGACUGGAGAGUGCUGUUACUUGAACCCACUGCUUCGAAGAAUAAUACGUUUUAUAGGAGUGUUUGCAUUUGGACUUUUUUCCACUGACAUCUUUGUAAAUGCUGGCCAGGUUGUGACUGGGAACUUGGCUCCUUACUUCCUGACUGUGUGCAAACCCAACUACACUGGAAACGACUGUCGGGCCCACCACCAGUUCAUAAACAAUGGCAACAUCUGCACUGGAGAUGUGGAGGUGAUUGAAAAGGCCAGGAGAUCCUUUCCAUCCAAACAUGCUGCUUUGAGCAUCUACUCAGCUUUAUAUGCCACGAUGUACAUCACAAGCACAAUUAAAACAAAGAGUAGCAGGCUAGCCAAGCCUGUGCUGUGUCUGGGAACCCUGUGUGCUGCCUUCCUCACAGGGCUAAAUCGAGUGUCUGAGUAUCGAAACCACUGUUCGGAUGUGAUUGCAGGCUUCAUCCUGGGGAGUGCUGUAGCCUUGUUUCUGGGGAUAUGUGUUGUCCAUAACUUUAAGGGCAAUAAUGCAGCUCCUUCGAAACCGAAGCCUGAAGACCCACGAGGAAUGCCACUAAUGGCUUUUCCCAGGGUGGAAAGUCCUCUGGAGACACUGAGUGCACAGAAUCACUCUGCCUCUAUGACUGAAGUAACCUGAGAUGGGAGAUCGGCAGCCGAAGCUAUUUUUUACUACCCUCCAGUAAAUUCUCCAAGACACACAGUUACUAAAUGUCUAACUGUGAUAACCAGUAUUAUGUUAUGUCUAGUUAGAGGCUAAUGUUUUGUACUUUUUUUGUAUGAGGAAGUGAUGUAGCUUGCCCUGAUUUUUUGUCAGCUUUAAUAUUAUUAUGCCAGACUUCAAAAACAAAAUGGAAAAAGAACAAAAAAAACCCUUAUCUUGUUUAAAGUGUGCACUGAGGAACUACAUCUAUGGAAUUGUUGAUGUUGUUAUGUGGUAUUUGUA